AUGGGAAAUAGUGAAAGUAAUUUUAUUCCUGGAGGGGGUUCCGAAGGAUACCAUGUUCUUAGGGUUCAACCUAAUUCUCCAGGAGAAGCUGCUGGUUUAGAACCAUUUUUUGAUUUUAUUGUUGCUAUUGGAAAUACAAGAUUGGAUAAAGAUAAUGAUACAUUAAAACGUGUACUAGAAGAUCAUAUAGAACGUCCACUAGAAUUGACAGUUUACAAUUCCAAAACACAAACUGUUCGCCAAACACAAAUAACUCCUUCUAAUGUAUGGGGUGGACAAGGAAAAUUAGGAGUUUCAAUAAGAUUUUGUUCUUUUGAGGGUGCAAAUGAAAAUGUUUGGCAUGUUAUUUCUGUUAAACCCAAUUCACCUGCUUCACAAGCUGGUCUUAUUUCAGAUACUGAUUAUAUAUUAGGAGCUGAAUCUGUUCUUAAUCAGGCAGAUGAUUUAAUUGCUCUUGUUCAAGCAAAUGAAGGAAAACCAGUUAAAUUGUAUGUUUAUAAUGUUAAACAGGACAAUGUAAGAGAAGUAACAUUAACUCCAAAUUCUAAUUGGGGUGGUGAAGGUUGCCUAGGAUGUGAUAUUGGUUUUGGAUAUCUUCAUAGAAUUCCUAUUUAUUAUGAUAGAUCAAAACCAAUUUCAACUGGUGUAAUGAUGGAUAUGCCUGUGGAUAAUACACCUAAUACAGCAGAAUAUUUUAAGAAAGAUUGUGAAGAUAAAAAUAAUCAUCAACAUAAUCAUUUGGAAUGUGAUAGUCAUAGUAAUCAUGGUCAUUCACACAACAUUCCACCAACUGAGGCAAAAGCUAUUGAUGAACAACCAGUUAGCAUAUUUUCUUCUAUUCCACCACCACCAAAACCUAUUCCACAAACAUUUGAACCACCUACAAAUGUUCCAGUAAAUUUAUAUCAAAAUACAUAUGGAGCUCCACCAAAUUUUCCAACAGCAACAGUUCAUCCAACACCAAUAGUUAAUGAAACACAUGAUGAAGAAUCAAAAAAAUUACCUAAUAUUGAAAAUUUAAAUAUUAAUGAAACAACUCCAGUAAAUAUUAUUCCUGUAAGUGAAACAUGUAAUGAAAAUCAUUCCCAGGAACCAAAAGUUGAAUUACAACAUGGACAAAAUGUAUCACAUGUAAUGCCAGUUCAACAUUGUGAAUCACCAUCUUAUCCAUUAGCAUCUGUUCCUCCAAUGCCUCAACAACGUCAAGAAGCUCAUAUUACACCAAAACAACAAAAUAUUCCAUUAGUUGCUCCAUUACCAAGAGAAGGAUCUACCUUUAGUCAACAUUCUUAUCAUCAAACACAGGAUAACCAGCAAAAUAAUUACUUUAUGCCUCCACCUCCUGUAUCAGAACCAUCAGCAUAUUAUCCAUCAAAUGUUUCAGCUGUUCCACCAAUGCCUGUAUCAAAUGCACCAUACAACUUUCAACAAGCUCAACAUUCAUCAAUGAGUGGACAACCAAGUCCUUAUCAAACUCCAACCCAAUAUUAUAAUAAUCAGCCAACAAAUUAUCAAAAUCCUUAUUAUACACCAACUACAAAUUAUGGGCAAACAGCACCACCACUAGUACCACCAAUGUUUGCUGAUCAACAUAUGAAUAUAACAACACCACCAAUAAAUGGUAUGAAUUAUAAUAUGGGAUAUCAACAACCUCAAAUAAAUUUUCCAAUGCCUCCAUUAUCUUCAAUGGGAAUUAAUGAAUUAGUUCCACCUCCAGUUAAUAUGCAAAAUGAAGAAAAAAGUUAA